CAGCAGCAAGGAGCGGCUCCCGGGGUCGUGACUCCCGCGCCUGUGGAAAUUAGCCUCACCCAAGACAAUUUCCCCCCACUUUCCAAUCUGCCCGCCCCUGGUGCGUUGGGGGAGGCCGGAGGAAACGAGAAAGCAAGGGGGGAGGGGCUUGGCAAAGAGGAUAAGCUUCCGCACGCUGCCCCUCGACCCGUUGCCUCGCACAUGCCGACGGUGGGUGGGGACAGGGCUGUCUCUCACGCCAAUCCAAGCACGCUCCCUACACGUCCCUCUCCCAUGGUCGAGAAGAACGACGGGAGUGCCGGUCUGCCUCGUGCCAAGGGAGGCUCCGAUGUCGCGCCGAUGGUCCCUGCGAAUGUGCUGGAAUCCCUCCAGGAUAAGGAAGGAGGCUUAGGAAAAAAGGCAGGAGAAUCAGACACGAAACCAGGGGACCCGGCGUGUGCAGCCAAGGACGCUUCGCUGCCGCCUCCGACGUUGACCGGCUCUCUGGUUGAGAAGCCCCCAACUUCUACCUCUACCUCCACCACAUCCUCCUCCUCCUCCUCCCCGACAUCCUCCACCGCUACCAGCACCAGCACCAACACCUCGACCCCUGCCCUGUCCACCUCCUCCGCCCCUCCCUCGGUGCCUUCCUCUGCCACCACACCCACCGCCCCUCCACCGGCACCGAAAGGACCGUGGGCCGCAGCCGUUCUACGCGGGGCCAUGCACAUCGACCCGUCGGUUCCUGUGCGCCUGCCCUUGCGAACCGCGGCGCCUGCGUCCCCCUCGGCAGCGGCUAGUGGGGGCAGUGCUUCCACGGCCGCCAGCAGCCGCGCCAGCAACAACGACAGUGCGACCGGCGCCGGGUCGAACGUCUCGGUGGGAGGGGAGGGAGGGCCACCUUCGUCAAUGUCUACGGCCAUCGGGGAGGAAAAUCGCAGUGCGGCAUCGGUGGGACGGAAGAAAAUGGAAGGGAGUGGGCCUGAAAGGCUCGGCAGCAACAAACCUACUUCCGUUGAGGCCUUGGCCGAAAGCAGUGGGAAAAAUGCAGUGCCUCCGAUCCCAGGGGGGACAUCCCCGGCCGCCACCGCGUCCUCGUCCUCGUCCCCUUCUUCUGCCCCGGUCGCCAAGGGCCCAUGGGGAAGAAAGAGCUUUGUGGAGGUCGUUAGGCUGACGGGAGGCGGGCAAGCCAGUGGAGGAGGAGACGGCGAAGAAGAGAAAAAGUGAAUCCCGAACGCAGGGUUGGAAGUGGAAUGGGACAUUCACAGCGGCAGCAACGUCUGUACGACAAAAGACUUGGCGAGCCCAGUAUGAUGCUGAUGCGACAACAGUGAGGAAACCGGGACGUCUGGCCGGUGUGGAUGGGAAAGAGUUAUUUUAAAGCCGUGGGUACAUGGCAGUUUCCAUGCGGGCGUGGCCGUUAUUCGGCCGUUGAGGUGGAAUGGGGACUCAGUUUGACUCCGGCACCGCCCCCGUACCAUCUCCUUCCCUCGGCGCUUUGCGCACCGAUUCCAGUACCGAGCCUGCAGGGCAAUCUCUUUCAUGCAUGCAUUGGUGCUUAGGUGGAUACGGCGUUCCAGGAGCCUUGACACCCGAUUUUGAGGGCUCUAUUUCGCUUCGUAAUUUAAUGCUGGGAGGGACCGUUGAAAACGGUCAACAAAUAGGAAGAGGAAACCGGGGAGGAAAGGGAUUAGGCAGAAAUGCAUUGGUGUUUCUGGUCUGUAUUUUUCACGAGAGAUAUGUUGGAAGGGUCCGAAACCAAAGGGUUGGAGCCCAAACAUCAAGUUAUGCCGCCGUUCACACCCAUUCAAGCAAUAGAUUUUUGACGUUGCACGCUGCCAUCCAGAGAAGCAUAGGCUACACACGCGGAGGCGGACAAGGAGGAUGAAAAAAGGUGUACAAGAGACGGGUGUUUCUGGCAACGGGUUGGAAGUUUAGCACAAGAGAAACAAAAAUUUCUUCCUAGAAAUGAA